UCGCAUCUGCGUUGCUUCCGUUUAAUCGAACAUUUAUAAAUAUUAUAUUCGCACCCAGAAGGCAGAUCAUUCAUUCCGCUGAGGCUCUUUGGUUGAUCCGUGCUCGACUGUUUCGUUCUGGUUUCCGCCUUUUUUUUUUUUUUUGGUGCUCGAUUGCUUCUGUCUGAGGGCUUUCAGUCAACAUGGCGGCAACUCAAGCUACGAAUCCUUCACAAUUGCUCCCUUUGGAGCUGGUGGACAAGUGCAUCGGUUCUCGCAUCCACAUCGUCAUGAAGACGGACAAAGAAAUCGUCGGCACGCUGCUGGGCUUCGAUGACUUUGUCAACAUGGUCUUGGAGGACGUGACGGAGUUUGAAAUCACACCAGAGGGUCGUAGGAUCACCAAGCUGGACCAGAUCCUACUCAACGGCAACAACAUCACCAUGCUCAUCCCGGGUGGGGAAGGCCCGGAAGUUUAAGACGGUUCUGCGUGUGUUUGCCAUCAGACUU